AUGCCGACCCCAACGCUUACGAACGACGAGCAGUUGUGGGAGCUGCUGCGGCAGGAGGUUCGGCUGGAGAUUCAGAAAGCCCAGAACGACGAGUCGGUGAAAGAUCUUCGUUGGGAGCUCCUGCAGCUCCGCCAAGAGGUCCAAAGCGACCUUCAGAGCAUCAACACGCGCCUGGGCGCCCUGGAGAUGAGACCGCUAGCAAGGGGAGCUCCUGGCGAGAAGAGCACUCGGAACUCCAUUUGGAAGGUGGCUUCGGACGGCGAGCCCAACUCCAAUAAGCACAGUAACUUCUCAAACUUCACCAACAACUGCGCCUCGCCUGACGCCACCACGAUUCCGGUCGAGGAGGUGGAGGAUACGGAAGAGAUGGAGGAGAUCUCCGUGAGUUUCGAGGAAUCCGCCUGGAGCAUCCCGAUGGUCAUCGGCCUCGUGCGUGCUGGCCGCUUUGACAUGGUCUACGCUGUGGUUCUGCUGCUGGUGAACUGUGCCAUGCAGAUCAUGUUCGCUUUGAUCCUCCUCGACGAGGGCUUCAUGGGCGAGGAUUUCGAGACGCAGAAGCACAAUGCCCAGAUUUGGCGUACGAGCGUGGCACACGACUACAAGUACAUGGAUCUGGCAGAAACCAGCCUCGUGACGCGGGUCUGCAGUGGCGAUGGUGCCCUCAUCUUGUCAACGAUCCAGGCCACGCUGAUUGAGCAGAUCAACAACUACCUGAGACUGGGAAUCGAUCAGUUUGAGCAAGAUCAGUUCGGACCGGGCACGCUUCUCUGCAUGCUCUGCAUCCUUCUCUGGAGCCUCUGCGUCUUCAAGGAGUUCCGGCACAUUUGGCUCGCGAUGGCCGGCGCCGUGAACCUCCCGAAAUCGAGACACACCGUCUUUACCGAAGGAACAUUUGAGCAAAUUUCCUGGGGUCGAUUCGUCGUCUUCCUGGCAACCAACUUCGCGCGCGUCGCAGUGGCGAGCGUUCUUUUAGUCGCUGGCAUACUGUGGCUGGCUCGGACCACAUCGAUCUCCGAGCUAAUGCUGAACGCAGUGGCGCUCAACGCCAUCCUCGACGUGGACGAGUUUUUGUUCAACGGCCUUACGCCCAUGAAGUUUCAGCAUGCGAUCCAGAGCCUGACGCCCAUGACCAUCAAGUACAGCCGUCGCCGCAGUGAGUGGGAGUCCUGUAUCCAGUGCCUCACCCUGAUCUUGACCAUCAUCGUGCCGUACAUGCUUCUGGUGAAGCCCUUCGGCGAGACGAUGGUCGAGGUGAAAGAGCUGCUCUGCGGUGGAAACCAAACCUUUGUGAUCUUUCACAACGCAGAUACACAGAUGACGAAUGGGCUCGUCACGCGCACAAGCCGAGGAGGAAAUCAGGAGAACUUGUCCAUCAGCGAGAUCGCUGUGAAUGCGCAUGCAUUUCGAGACCCGAGCCUCGAUCCUAUGUACAUCUCCUUCCAAAACUUGGCGAAUUUCGAUCAGUUCGAAGACGAGAGGACCCAGAACAUGGCGACCUGGGCUACCAGCGCAUCGAUCUGUAUUGAAACUGCCAUCUACGUUCCUGGCGGAGCCUUCUUCGAAGAUCCCGCCAUCAGGCCUGUGGGGGAUCUCAUUAUCAGGUCUGCGGGCCUUCCUUUUGGGGAGCUCGAGGUGUCGGAUUGUUCGAUGCUGCAGAAGUACUGCAGAAGGAGCGACGCACGCUUGGUGAGGUUUGCAUGUGGGCAAACCUGCGGCUGCACCGAUGUGAACUCGCCUCCCUGGUACAAAGUUGGGUCGCAGGGCUGUGCUCCCUCAUGCCUGAGGUCGGCACAGCCAGAAUGUGAGGACGUGACGCCAGAGUCGCCGCGCAUGAGCGCGUGGCUAUCCUUCUGGAACGACUAUCCCACUGUCGUGUCUGAAGCGUUCUCAACGGACGUCACACGCACUGCAGUCUGGCAAAACGUUAACGAUUCGAUCAACAUGAUGAAAGUCGUCGGCUGUCCCGGGUUGGAGAUCGUUCCGGUGGACUUCCUCUCAGGCCCGCAACCAUAG